CAAGGAGGAGAUUAAAAAGCAUCAGCUCAGGUUUUUAUCCUUGUGCCGGGGGCUGAUGACGGAGGCUGGAGGCAGGUUUAUAGGGAGCAAAAACCGGAUGGUCCUGCAGAAUCCACCCAGGAAUAGUGUCUCCACUCACAGCUACAAGAGGUGCAACCAUGAAACUGGUCUUGGCUGUUGCAGUCCUCCUGAUAACUUUGUCUGCAGUAGUGACAGACCCCAAUGAAGACGGUGGGAAAGAACCCACCGUGGCCCAAAAGUUUGAAAAGUUCCAGAAGGAAGUCCAGACUUUUGUUGACAACCUUGGUGAGAAGACCAAAGCGGCUCUUCAUGAAUUCCACAACAGUGAAUUCAGCAACAAAACCAGGAACUGGCUUUCCAAGACAUUCCAGAAGCUGAAGAACAAGUUUGAACCCUUGACCUCCCAAGAUGGAUCGGACUGAAUGGGCCUCCAUUCCUUGUGUCCAUCAGUGAUAGAGAAGAUGCUCAUACUGGUAGAAUCCCAACUGUAAAGAAAACAAAAACAAAAAAAAAACAUCUUGAAAGAGGUGGUCCAGAAGCUCCCACCUUUAUUUCCUGCUUUCUUUGUCUGCAGCUGUGCGUUUUUACUUCCCAUCCAUUGUUAGACGUAAAUAAAGAGACCAACUUAAGUAGGA